AAGAUUAGGUGGACAAACGACUAGCAGGUUAGUGUAGUGUAGGGCUCAAGAAAUAGAGCAGGAGUUUCUUAAACAUCACUACAACUGUAUUACGCCUUCGAAUAGUAAUCCACCUCUUGACUGCACCAUUUAACAAGAAGACCAAAAAAAAUGUUCUUCGCAUCUCGCACUGCCGGACCUUACCAACAGGCUCCAACAAGUUCUAGUACAACUGCCUUGGGUCCUCUUGGUCUAGGCCUAGGAGGCGGUGGCUCUCUCGCAGGUGCGUCGUCGUCCUCCUCUUCGGUUAGUAAGGCAGUUGCAGCGGAGAUCGAAAGCUAUCAGAUGGAGAUUAGGAGGUGGCGGAAACAUUGCGAGUCUAUCGAUAGCGAACUGGCGGAGGCGAAAAAGACCCAUAAAAAUCGGUCAGAGCAAGAACACCAAGUAUGAGGCCGCUUGUUAGGUGUGAAGAUUUAGAAAGCUCGUUCUUGCAACACAGAAAUAUUCGAAAACUCAAAAUAACCGAGUUACUGACUGAAAUAAGGGAGGUAGCUUAACGCCAAUUCUACUCUUCCUUCUCAUCAGUAUCUCGGUUAUUCUGAUCAGUUACUUGCUUAUUUCAGUUUUUCGAAUAGAUUAAGGAUUAACCCUUCCGGGAAUCCCUCUACUUGAAAGUCAUCUUGGACCCGUUUCCCCCUUACACGGAGGUCCAAGAUGACUUUCAAGUAGAGGGAUUCCCGGCAGCUCUAAUCCUGACCUUCUACAGGCGAGUCAUGUCGAAUCUUCAUCUCGACGUAGUUAUUUUUAUCUUCGUUCAACAUUGACUAAAAAGACGCCUUCCUUCAUCUACGCGAAAAUAAUACACCUCUUCUACUAUGCAACUCUAUGUUGAGCAUAUAAUUUCUAUACCUCCAAGAAGAACAUCUUAGACUCGUCCCAACAUCUUCAUUCCUCCUUCUCUUGGAUACCCGUAUUCGCGCUGAGGCAGCUGAACAGCAGGCUUUGGAGCUGCGACAACAGUUGGAAAAACUUCGAGACGGAAGCAAGAUUGCCAAACAACAACAGCAAGCGAGAGUUUUAUGAACAUCAAUGUGACAUCUGUUGAAUUUAUUUUUACAUGAUCCAGUACUUCAUGCUACAUGUAAUACACAAGCACACGCCUCGGCCGCCUCUGAUGAGAAGACCUCCAGGGCUGUUGGACGACACGCGGCGCCUUACUAUCUUAGCUUGGCCAUUACUAUAAUUCUGUACUUAUAUACUUUUUACCUAUCCUUACUUUUUCUUCCUAGUUAGCUUGGCUCCACCCGUAUUAUUAAGUAGGUUAACAAUAUAAAUCUAUUUUUACAUGAUCCAGUACUUCAUGCUACAUGUAAUACUGAAUGCUGGAACUCCACUAUGCGGACGCCGGUCUCGUGGUGUCGCUUCACGACGCUGACUCGCACAGGAGCCUUUCCUCGUCCCCCUCUAAAAGCCCAACUGAUGCGGCAAAUCGCUCUGACAGACGAGCUAAAACGCGAAACCGCAAGGCUAAGGCAGCAACUAGCAGAGAGACAAGACGAGAUAGCCGCUUUCGACGCCCAGUCGGCAAAGCUAGAGAUCCGAGUCUCUGAAGCCAUGAAAGCGGUUCGGGAAGCCUUCAAUGCUUUCCAAGACGAGGAAAAGAAGAGUGAGUCCCUUGCCAAACAGCUACAAAGUGUUAAGGAUCGAGGGAUGGAGGUACCUACUUACUCUGUUAUGUUGAUUUAGCUCCUGCUGCGUCGUGCACAUUCAUCACCUAGUACAACGUCGUAGAACAAGUCGAAUAGACUCAAGGAGCUCAACAAAGAACAAAACCUUUCUCACAUUCAGUAAAGCCCAGAGCAGGACUCGACGCUGUUACUUCUCAUGGAUUUAUCAACAUUGAACAUCAGGAGAAAGCUCUCUGGGCGAAAGAACGAACUGCGUUGUUAAAAAAAGUGGAAGCAGGAAACGCCAGAGAAGUGAAAGGUGACUUGGUGAACAUCCUUCAAAAGCAAGUCCAAUCCUUGCAAUCUCGAUUACUUUUAGCAGUGGGCCGCGAAGGAGCAGGGGAUGGAGACGGAGAAGUGCAACAGAAGCGGUCGACUAGUAGACGUAGGAGCUCAAGAACGUUGACAUCCUGAGGAAAAAUGGACUAACGUUGACACCCUAAACUGAGGAGCUCAAGAAUAGAAGUUAGCACGAAUUUAAUCGAAACUACGUAAAUAGGAGUUGCAGUUCUUGUAACUGCUCUAUUAUAAGUAACACUUAUGCCACUUUUAUCUCAAAUUUUACUAUUACAACCUGGGCGGAAGAAAAACGAUGUACUAUGUCGAAAAUGUAGUUGUACUUCUUGAUCUUGAUGAU